AUGCUGUGUUGCUUCGGUGCUGAAGCGGUCCUCACGUGGCUCAUGGUGCCGGUCUUUGAGGCCUGCAACCACUGGUCCAAUCACACGGUACUCUACGCCUUAGUCUUCUUACGCGCCAUGACGGGCGGCGUCCUCAUGCUUUACGGCGUGCCAUUGAGCACCUGUGUCUAUGACAGUUCUCCCUUAGAGGAUCGAUCGCAGCUGUCGAUCAAGUUUUACCUCUGCCUUUCCAUCGGCGUCUGCGUGGGGCCUUUCGUGAGUAGUAUCAUGCUGACCCUUCACCAGGGCGGUGCCCAUGACUCCUGCUACACGGGUCGGCAAAGCAUCUCUGUGCUGGGCUUCGUUUGGGCUGUUGUGGCGGUGCUGGCCACGACCUUUCUGCCCUACGACCUGGAAGACAAGAAGCCCCUGGUGGAAACUCCUGAGGAGGCCGCUGAGAGCGCACAGGCGCUGAGUCUGGCACAGGCUGUGCAGCGGAUCCCCACGCGCGUGCGCGAAGCGCUGGUGUGGGCCGCGGUCUUGCCGCUGAGCUCUCAAUGGCGGGGCAGGUUCUCGGCGGAGAGAUCCUUCUCCAUUGGAGCCAUCGAAGUGGCCACCGCGUUGCUAUUGGAGGUGGAAUACAGCUGGACGCCGGAGCAAAUUGGCUAUGUGUUGACGGGGAUCUUUCUGAUUACCGCCUUUGUGGGUGCCUUCAUAUGGCUGCUUAGGAAACAGGUCUCCGAUUUCGUGCUGAUGAUGGGCAUGGCUAUGAUCAGCAUCAGCGGCGCGGUGCUCUUCGUGGACUUCGGCGGCUCCACCGGAGGCCACAGCAGUCCCUGGCUGCUGAUGCUGGCGGAUGUCACCGUGUACAGCUGCAUGUUUCAGCUCACGGCCUUCAUGGAAGGCAUUGCCACCGAGGCGGCGCUGCCGGGCAGCACCAGCUACUGCAGCCUGGAGAACUACGUGGUCAUGCGCAACUUGGCCAUUCAGAUCCCUCGCGCCUUGGGCCCUCCAGUGGCCCGGGCUCUCAUUGAUAGCUGCGGAAGGAACACCUACGCGGUGCUGCAGCUGUGUCUGAGCAGCGUGGCCAUCAGUGGGGUGUGGUUUGCAGCCAAAACGGCGCGUAGCGAUGCAGUGUCCAAACACCUCUGA